AAAAAAGACGGAGCUUUACGUCGACAGCGUUUAGCUUUACCUUUGCUUGCUAAGGAAUUAGCGGUCGCGACGCCGUUGUGCGAUAUAUCCGCGAAACGCGAUAGAACCACAAAUGGUCCUGCAUGGCCAAACACUCAUGGUGCCAGCAGGAAUGCCCACUCCAGACGACAAAUGGGCCCAAGACGUAGCCACGGCCUUCAGUGCCACGGCAGUCGACGGUCCGCUCGCCGCAGCGCUGCGGGACAGCGUCGGCGGCGCAGUCGACGAUGCGCUCGCCGCGUCGCUCGAAGCCGUCGCGGGCCGCGCCUGCGCCGUCAUCGAUCCGGCGGCCGCCAGGGACGAGCGCGUCGCGGCGGGAACCGUCCUCCUCGUAGCGGGCGGCCAUGCUGCCUGCUUUGACGACGGCGUCUCGCGAAAAAAACAUGCGCACGCGGUCCUCGUCUCCCGCUGCGGCGUCGUGCGCUGUGGGCGAGCGAUCCUGAGCGUCGAGUCGGAGACGCGGCGGUUCGCGCGGACGCUCGACGCCGCGUCGGACCAGCUCAUGCGCGUCGGCGCGCCGCCUCCGCGGCCCGCCGCCGUCAAGGACGCGUUCCAGCGACGCGUCGCGGCGGGCGCCGCGCCGAACGCCGCCGCCGCUGCAGCUUUACUAGACGUACAGACUCGGUACGCCGCCGCCGCCCAGACGGCCGCGGCCCUGCGCGCCGCCCUGGACGGCCCCCUGCGCGAGACGAUGACCGCGCUGCAGCCGCUGCUGGCCAUGGCCCCCGGCGGCGCGACGGGCUUCUCGGACCUCGAGUCGGCGCUGUCGCAGGCCACGGACGACCUGUCGCUAUACGCGGCGCGGGUCGACGCCCCUACGGAUAGUGUAGAGGGCAACGGCGACACCGCGACGGCCGCCGCGUCGCAGAUGCAGACCAUGGCUCAGCUGAUUGCUCCCGCCGUCGCCCCCGUGCUCACGGAGACCCUCACGGCGUUCGAGGCCGCGCGGGCGUCCGCCGCCGCGCCGGAGAGGCGCGCCGCGCUCGCCGGCGCCUGCGAAGAACUCGCCGCGUGCGUCGACGGCACCGCGCAUGCCGCCUGGGCGCCGCACCUCCUAAGGGUCGCGACGGCGCUUCGAAACGCGUCGGCCGUCGCACCUGCAGAUAUUACAGCGAUUCGAGCGAUACGACCGGAGCCGAUGCUCGGUCUCGGUCUGCUGGCGCCGCGGCCGCCGCCCCACGGAGCGCUGCUCGGCGCCUUAGCGGCGGGCGGGUCCACGGCGAGCCCGGUCGUGGCGCGUGAUCUGAGCGCCGCGUGCGUCGACGACCUAUCGGCGUUGGACGCUGAGGCGACGUGCCUCGCCGAAAGUCUCGUGGGCGGUGACGUGACCGUGUGCGCGCACAGCUCGAUGCUCAGCAACACGCCGAACGAUUCAUCGAAGGAUGCUGAGCGCGUGCAAAACUUAUUAGCCGCGGGUUUCGGCUACGCCUACGGCGGCGGGAACAAGCAGGGCGACGGUCUGGUCGCGCUGGCGGCGCAGCUCGGCUCGACGCGGUCCACCAUCGGUCUGCAGAGCGAUUCCUUUUUCCCGCCGGUGCCGGCCGACCUGCGCCGGGCGCUGAAGAAGCGUCGAGGCGACCUGCGGCGUCAGCUGCGCCGCGCGACGAAGGCGGGCGUCUCGUGUUCGCUAAGGAUGAACACCCUGCCCAUUGACAAGGUCGUCGCGGCCCUGGGCGCGCGCCACGACGGCGCGUUGGGGUGCUGGGCGUCGUCGAAGCGCGCCGUCGCUCUCUACGAGGCCCUGCUUGAAGAAGGCAAGCUUCUGGUCUUCGAGCUCUGGGAGGGCGAGUCGUGUUGCGCACUGGACGUCGCGCACGCGGCCGGAGCGGGCGUCUACGUGGCGACGCGGUGCGUGGACCGUGGCUCGCACAUCGGGAGCCCGGGCUUUCUCCUCGCCUUCGCCACCUGCGGCUGGCUCCAGCGGCAGGGCGCCGCGUGCUGGGAUCUGGGCGCCGUCGACGCGUCCCGCCAGAUGGCGUACAAGCGCGCGCUGGCGCCGUGCGUCGACCGCGUCCGCGCCCUCGACGCGCACCGGCGGGCGCGCGACUCGUCAUCCGUCGGGAUCGACUCGACGCCACGCGUGCUCAUGGCGGAGAUUUCGGAGGGGGAUUUGUUUGAGGCGCCUAGCCCGUGUUAG